CCCGGCGCUGCAGCAUUCCUUAACCAACCAAGUGUUUAAGUUUCAUAUUUCAUUGUGACGCAGUUAAGACAAGAUUGAUGUGAAUUGGAGCGCGGCAUCAUGGAUCAGCGUGAGGAGCAGAAAGAAGGAGAAACUCUGUGUGAAACCGAGAAUCACAGCAAAGCCAAGAGGAAACAAUCUGAAGAUGAACUGGAUCCAGAGCUCUGUGAUAACAGGUCCAUGGGCGAUCCUUUGGAUUUUAAAUCAAACCAGAGUUCAAAGAGAGUGAAGAUCUCAGAACUCCCUAGUGGUCAGUCUGCCCAACAGCAUCCAGCAGAGCUGCACUCCAUAUUUAUGGAGCUUAAAAAGAACAUUUUCACUUUCGUGGAGAAUGAGCUAAAAAAGAUCGAAGUGGUUCUGGGUUCAAAUUACCCAGAAGGUCUAGAGGGGAAUGAGGAUGAUGACGUUUUAGAGGAUGAAGAUAAAGAGCAAAUGAGGAGGAACAGAGAAGAUUUUGAGAAGAUGGUACAGCGCUUCCUAAGAAGGAUGAACCAGGAGGUGCUGGCUAACUGUCUUCGACUCAAAUCACUCAUCACAUGCCAAGAAACACUAAAGGCUAACAUGAAGACGAAGUUCCAGCAUGUGUUUGAAGGAAUUGCUAAGUCAGGGAAUCCAACAGUUCUGAAUGAAAUCUACACAGAGCUCUACAUCACAAAGGGAGACUCUGGAGACGUCAAUAAUGAACAUGAGGUCAGACAGAUUGAAGCAGUGACCUGGAAAACAGACCAACCAGAAACAGCAAUUAGACAUGAAGACAUAUUUAAACCUGUAUCUGGAAGAGAUGAACCAGUCAGAACAGUGAUGACAAAGGGAGUGGCUGGAAUUGGGAAAACAGUCCUAACACAGAAAUUCACUCUGGACUGGGCAGAAGACCAAACCAACCAGGACAUCCAGUUCAUCUUUCCAUUCACAUUCAGAGAGCUGAAUCUGUUAAAAGAACAGCAGUUCAGCUUGGUGGAACUUGUUCACCAUUUUUUUAGUGAAACCAAAGGAAUCUUCAAGUUUGAAGAGUUAAAGGUUGUGUUCAUCUUCGAUGGUUUGGAUGAGAGUCGAUUUCCACUGGACUUCCACAACAAUGAGAUCCUGACAGAUGUAAGAAAGUCCACCUCAGUAGAUGUUCUUCUGACAAACCUCAUCAGAGGGAACCUGCUUCCCAAAGCUCACCUCUGGAUAACCACACGACCUGCAGCAGCUAGUAAGAUCCCUGCUCAGUUUGUUGGCAAGAUGACGGAGAUUAGAGGAUUCACUGACCCACAGAAAGAUGAAUACUUCACAAAAAAAUUUGAAUCUAUGAAGCAGGCAAGAAGAGUAAUCUCUCAUGUAAAGAAAUCCAGAAGCCUUCACAUCAUGUGCCACAUCCCAAUUUUCUGCUGGAUCACUGCUAAUGUUGUGGAAGACAUGUUGAACAAGAAAGAUGAAGAAGAGCUGCCAAAGACCCUGACUGAGAUGUACAUUCACUUCCUGGUGGUGCAGGCCAAACUAAAGGUCAUCAAGUAUGAUGGAGGAGCUGAGACAGAUUCACACUGGAGUCCUGAGAGCCGGAAGAUGAUCGAGUCUCUGGGAAAACUGGCUUAUGAUCAUCUGCAGAAAAGAAACCUGAUCUUCUAUGAACCAGACCUGGCAGAGUGUGGCAUUGAUAUCAGAGCAGCUUCAGUGUGCUCAGGAGUGUUCACACAGAUCUUCAGAGAAGAGAGAAGUUUGUAUCAGAUCAAGUUGUUCUGCUUUGUCCACUUGAGUGUUCAGGAGUUUCUGGCUGCUCUUCAUGUUCACCUGACCUUCAUCAAAUCUGGAAUCAAUCUGCUGGCAAAGGAAGAAAUGAAAUCAAAGGACUUUGAAACAAGAAGCCAUGAAUCCUCAGAGACAGAAAUGUACAAGAGUGCUGUGGACAUGGCCCUAGAGAGUCCAGAUGGACACCUGGACUUGUUCCUCCGCUUUCUACUUGGUCUUUCUCUUGAUACCAAUAAACGUCACUUAGGAGGCUUUGUGGCACAGACAGAAGAAAGUUUAGCAAUUAAUAAAGACACAGCCCAGUACAUCAAGGAGAAGAUGAAUAAUGAUCUAUGUGUUGAGAAAAGCAUCAAUCUAUUCCACUGUCUUAAUGAACUAAAUGAUCAGUCUCUGAUGGAGGAAAUCCAACAAUCUCUAUGUACAGGAAGUCUUUCAGCACACCAGCUGUCUCCUGCUCAGUGGUCAGCUCUGCACUACAUCCUACUUUCAUCAGAGAAAGUUCUGGAGAUAUUUGACCUGAAGAAAUACUGUGCUUCAGAGGAAGCUCUUCAUAGAUUGCUGCCAAUAGUCAACGCCUCCAGCAAAGCUAUACUGAGUGGGUGUAACCUCUCAGAGAAAAGUUGUGAAGCUCUGUCCUCAUUUAUCAGCUCAACUACCUCUAGUCUGACAGAUCUGGACCUGAGUAACAAUGACCUGACAGAUUCAGGAGUGAAGCUGCUCUGUGAGGGACUGAUGAGUCCCAACUGUGAACUCGAGAUUCUCAGGCUUUCAGGCUGCCUGAUCACAGAGGAAGGCUGUGCUGCUCUGGCUUCAGCUCUGACUGUGAACUCCUCUCACCUGAAGGAGCUGGACCUCAGCUACAAUAAUCCAGGAGAGGCAGGAAUGAAAAGUCUAGAAGCUAUAUUGAAGAAUCCAAGCUUCAAACGGGACUCUCUGAGCAUGGAGCCUGCAGGAGACAAAUGGAUGACAGCAGGUCUGAGGAAGUAUUCCUGUCCACUAACAGUCGACCUAAACACUGUAAACAGAUUCCUCAAACUUUCUGAUGAAAACAGGAAGGUGACACAUGUGGAAGAGGAGCAGCCGUAUCCUGAUCAUCCAGACAGAUUUGAUCUCUAUCAGCUGCUGUGUACUGAUGGUUUGACUGGUCGCUGUUACUGGGAGGUUGAGUGGAAUGGGAAAGUCUAUGUAUCACUGAGUUACAGGGGGAUCAAUAGAAAAAGAGUCAAUGAUGAUUCCUGGUUUGGAUUGAAUGAUAAGUCCUGGAGUCUAAUCUGCUCUGAUGAUGGUUACACUGUUUGGCAUGAUAGUGUGAAAAAAGCUUUCAUCCCCAUUCCCUCUUUCUCCUCCUCCUCCUCUGUCUCUGGCAGAGUAGCUGUGUAUGUGGACUGUCCUGCUGGGACUCUGUCCUUUUACAGAGUCUCUUCAGGUACACUGAUUCACAUCUACACCUUCCACACCAAAUUCACUGAAUCUCUUCAUCCUGCAUUUGGGGUCAGGGAUCUUUCAGGAGUGUGUUGGUUCUCAUUUUAGAAUAGUCCUAAGUGCUUUUCAAAACUAAUACAACAUCUCAAGAGCUAUCAAUGCAUUAAUAACAGGAGAAAAUAAUAGAAAGUCACAUUAAAUAAAACUGUUUUUUAAAAGAAACAACACAGUCCAUCAAUCUUAAGUCCAAACAAAGGAAAAUUCUGGAGUCUAGGAACCACUGAACUAAAGGCUUUGUCUUCCUUUGUUUUCAUUUUACCAUAAAGAGUCAUCAUCAGGUCCUGAUCACAGGAACAUGUGGCUGAAGUGGCCUUCUUAUAUUCAAUGGUGCCUGUCUGUGAAAACCACUUAAGUCAAUAAAAGGAUUUUAAAUUACACUGUGGAAAACACUGAAGUCAUUGUUACUGCAUUGAUUUUGGAGUCGCGUAUAAAAACCUGUAGGAUUUGUCUGAAGCCUGGCAGCAUCAUCACACCUUGCAACCAUUCUAGGGAAGGUAUGCUAAAAUACACAGAGUGCACUGGGGAUCAAACCAAAGCAUCAAUAAUUAGUUCAGAGAAUGUGAGAAUAAAGAUUUAAUUACCAGAUGAUUAAAAGGAAUGAAUCAAAGACUGGAUGUGAAGCCAAAGUAAAGUCAGAAUGUAAGAUUUUUCCCAAAACCUCUCGGUUCUUUGUCAAUAAGCUCUGUGAUAUGCAUUUUUCUCAUGUACAUCUUUGUUCUCUAAGUUUGUGAAAACUGGUUAAGAAGUAGAUUUUCUUAGUUGCUAUUGGUAACUGAUGACAGUGUAAUAUAAUCUACUUGCACUUUUGAGCCAUUUGAACUGCACUAUAUUCUAAUGUUACGGUAAUGACGCUAUGCAUCGUUUCUUUUCUUGUGAUUAGAUUUAUUGCCAAUAAGAAGAAUAAAUACUUGGAAAUAUACUUCUUCACUAAUAUGUUAUAAGUGGUACACAUAAAUGAUAUAAAAAUGAGUGAUAUCUUAUAUUUGCACAACAUUAUUUAUGUACAUUAUUUUAUAUCCUGCCCCAUUAAGGUUGGUGUCAGGAUCUGGGGGUGUUUGAAUUAGGUUGUAGAUUUUUGUCAUUUUUUAUGUUCCUUUGAUUUUUCUACUUUAGUUUGCCCUGUUUUCCAUUUCUGUUCUCCCUAGUGAUUGUAGUCAUGUUUUUCUUGCUUCUGAGUUAUUUUCUGAUGCUCUAGUUUAUCAUAUUUCUUUAAUCUAAGUUGUUCCUUAGUGUUAGGAUUAUUUCCUGUUCCCCUGUAUUCUCUCUCCACUUUCCUGUGUCACUUUCUCUUCCCUCCUCCUCAGCCUGGUUCCAGCUCCAACUACUCACACCUGCAGUCAGUUAGCUUUUUAGCCCUGGUCCAUUGUUCCCACUAUCAACCUCCCAAUAGUGAAGCACCUUAUUCUCCAGUUACAACUCGCUGGUUCAUCAUGUCAUCUCACCUCGUCCCCUCCUCCAUGGAUCCCUUCUGUUCUCUUUUUGUUUCUGUUUUGGAUUUAUUUUUUGUUUCUUGGACUUUGCAUUUUUAUUUUUUCAUUAACUUUUGAACCUCACCUUCAUAUCCUGCCUGCUUCAUUUGGCUCGAUACAUCAAUACAUCCUAACAGCUGGAAAUGUCAAGUUUUUAUUUUGGCUUCAAGUCUGUAUGGUAUUUACCUUUUCAGGUCAGGUUGGUGUUUACUUUUUCCCUGAAUAAAUGAAAUCAUGUUAAAAAUU